CUACUUACUAAUACUACCACUACUUAUACCCGCGUCUUCUUCAUCACUCUUAAAACAAAAUCUUAAUUAAUUAAACACUAAUCUUUCGCCAUUAAUCUCAUUAAAUCCGACAAGAAAAUGCAAUCGCAAUGCGUAUACGCUUGAGCAAACAAAAAAAAAAAAAAGUGAAAUCUGUGUAGGUUUGUGAGAUAAUGCAGUAACACAAAGCGGUGAAGCAACACCAGAUUUUAGUAAGAGCAACAACGGAAUCGAAUCAGCAUCGAUCGAUCUCUCAAAGGAAGCAAAUAAUGGUUAAAGGAGGAAGGAAGAUGAAGAUGAUGUUACUACUUGUUCUUCAGAUAGUGGUGGCGGUUACGGCGGCAAAUGUAACGUACGACCACCGUGCUUUAGUAAUCGACGGGAAACGGAAAAUUCUAAUCUCUGGCUCUAUUCAUUAUCCUCGGAGUACUCCUGAGAUGUGGCCAGACCUGAUACAGAAAUCUAAAGACGGUGGUUUAGAUGUUAUCGAGACGUACGUGUUCUGGAGUGGUCACGAACCGGAGAAAAACAAGUAUAAUUUUGAAGGAAGAUACGAUUUAGUGAAAUUUGUCAAGUUAGCUGCUAAAGCUGGUCUCUAUGUUCAUCUACGAAUUGGUCCUUACGUCUGUGCUGAAUGGAAUUACGGUGGUUUCCCAGUGUGGCUGCAUUUUGUACCUGGGAUUAAGUUUCGAACUGACAAUGAGCCGUUUAAGGCGGAAAUGCAGAGAUUUACCACCAAGAUUGUUGAUUUGAUGAAGCAAGAAAAGCUUUAUGCAUCACAAGGAGGUCCAAUCAUUCUCUCUCAGAUUGAGAAUGAAUACGGGAAUAUUGAUUCAGCGUAUGGUGCCGCGGCGAAAAGUUAUAUCAAAUGGUCUGCUUCUAUGGCUCUUUCACUAGAUACUGGAGUACCGUGGAACAUGUGUCAGCAAGCAGAUGCUCCUGAUACCAUGAUCAACACAUGCAAUGGUUUCUACUGUGACCAGUUUACUCCUAACUCAAAAAAUAAACCCAAGAUGUGGACAGAGAACUGGAGUGGAUGGUUCCUUGGUUUUGGAGAUCCUUCGCCUUACAGGCCAGUUGAAGAUCUUGCAUUCGCAGUUGCACGGUUUUACCAACGAGGAGGAACUUUCCAAAACUAUUACAUGUAUCACGGUGGAACAAACUUUGAUAGAACAAGUGGAGGACCCUUGAUCUCUACUAGUUAUGACUAUGAUGCUCCAAUUGAUGAGUAUGGACUUCUUAGACAAUCAAAAUGGGGACACUUGCGAGAUCUACACAAGGCUAUCAAGCUUUGUGAAGAUUCAUUGAUUGCCACAGAACCUACAAUUACAUCUUUGGGUUCAAAUUUGGAGGCUGCUGUAUAUAAAACAUCUGGAUCAUGUUCUGCUUUUCUUGCAAAUGUUGGCACAAAAUCUGAUGCAACUGUGACUUUCAAUGGACAAUCAUAUCACUUGCCUGCAUGGUCCGUAAGCAUCUUGCCGGAUUGCAAAAAUGUAGCUUUCAACACCGCAAAGAUCAAUUCUGCAACUGUGUCUACCGCGUUUGCUCGUCAAUCAUUGAAGCCUGAUGGUGGUUCAUCUGCGGAGUUAUGUUCACAAUGGAGUUACAUUAAAGAACCUAUUGGUAUUUCAAAGACUGAUGCAUUCUUGAAACCUGGAUUGCUAGAGCAGAUCAACACAACAGCUGACAAAAGCGAUUACUUGUGGUACUCGCUAAGGAUGGAUAUUAAAGGCGAUGAGACUUUCCUUGAUGAAGGAUCUAAAGCCGUUCUUCACAUUGAAUCUAUUGGUCAAGUGGUCUAUGCUUUUAUAAAUGGAAAACUUGCAGGAAGUGGACAUGGCAAACAAAAGAUUACUUUAGAUAUCCCGGUUGAUCUUGUAUCCGGGAAGAACACAAUUGAUCUCCUUAGUGUGACCGUAGGGCUUGCGAACUAUGGAGCUUUCUUUGACUUAGUGGGAGCAGGUGUAACCGGACCUGUGACACUUAAAAGCGCAAAAAGUGGUAGCUCAGUAGAUUUGGCUUCACAGCAAUGGACUUAUCAGGUUGGACUCAAAGGGGAAGACACAGGUUUGGCAACUGGAGAUUCUCCUGAAUGGGUUUCAAAGACUCCUUUGCCCACUAAACAGCCACUAGUUUGGUACAAAACAACAUUUGAUGCUCCUUCUGGAAGCGAGCCAGUAGCGAUAGACUUCACGGGUACAGGAAAGGGUAUUGCGUGGGUGAAUGGACAGAGCAUAGGUAGGUACUGGCCAACCAGUAUCGCAGGAAACAACGGUUGCACAGAUUCAUGUGACUACAGAGGAUCUUACCGUGCAAACAAAUGCCUCAAGAACUGCGGAAAACCUUCACAGACGUUGUAUCACGUUCCUCGCUCGUGGCUAAAACCGAGCGGGAACACACUUGUUCUCUUGGAAGAGAUGGGAGGAGAUCCAACACAAAUAUCAUUCACGACAAAACAAACAGGAAGCAGUCUGUGUCUGAUGGUGUCACAGUCUCAUCCAGCGCCUGUGGACACAUGGACUUCGGACUCUAAAAUCUCUAAGAAAAAGAGAACCAGGCCGGUUCUUUCCUUACAUUGUCCUGUCUCCACUCAGGUCAUAUCUUCUAUAAAAUUUGCAAGCUUCGGUACACCAAAAGGCACUUGCGGUAGCUUCACCCAUGGCCAUUGCAACAGCUCGCGCUCUCUCUCACUUGUUCAAAAGGCAUGUAUUGGUUUGAGGAGUUGCAAUCUUGAAGUCUCGACUAGAGUCUUUGGAGAACCUUGUCGUGGCGUUGUGAAGAGCUUAGCUGUUGAAGCUUCUUGUUCAUGAUCUCCCUAGUUCUUUACCUCCCGCAGAUUUGAUAUUAAUGAAGUUUGUAAUUGUUGAAAAUAAAGCAAAUGAAAUGGAUAAUAAUAUAGCUUUUAUUAUAUGGUCUUUGAAUCCAAUAUUUGUAGAUUCUUACACCAAACAAAAGGUUUAUAGUUUAUACAGUACUACUAGGUUUGAUCCCGCGGUGUUUUCAAUAUAUUUUCUUAUUUUUUUUA